UUGUAUUCAUAUUUCUUCACUCACCUUGCUGAUAUUUGGGCACAAAAUUCUUGGCGCUACCAUUUGCCCUUUUCCCGCCAUUGACAAAACUCUCUGUAUAAAAUCACGAUUUAGUCCCACUGGAACACAAAUGAGAACUCUGCAACAGGUAAAAAUACGAUUCACAAGAAGCCUGGCUACAGGCUGCUGCGUAGGACGGUUAAAACAAUAUCGUGGAGGUUUGUUUGGGUUGAGUUUUCGUUCUACUUUCUCUGUUACAGGCGAAGCAAUGCCAGAGCCUCUACCCAAAAUCCAGGUUGAAAAGGAGCACCGAAAUGCAAGUUCUGUUGAUUUGAACAGCAAAUCAGAGGCAUCACUACGUGUAAAGAAGUUGUCAAGCAAUGCUGUCAUGCCAAGCAGGGCCUCUCCUCUGGCUGCCGGUUAUGAUCUUUCCAGUGCUGCUGCAUGUGUGGUUCCGGCCCGUGGCAAGGCUAUGAUACCGACUGACUUGUCCAUUGCAAUACCAGAAGGGACCUAUGCUCGAGUUGCUUCCCGGUCUGGGCUAGCUUGGAAGCAUUGCAUAGAUGUCGGUGCUGGGGUUAUUGAUGCAGAUUACCGUGGGCCAGUUGCUGUGAUUCUCUUCAAUCAUUCUGAUCAUGACUUUCAGGUUAAUUCUGGUGAUCGGAUUGCUCAGUUAAUUAUUGAGAAGAUUCUAACCCCGGAGGUUCUAGAAGUGGAUGUUUUGGAUUCUACAGUCCGGGGUGGAGGUUGCCUUGGAUCAACAGGGGCCUGAUUGUGCACUUACUCUCCUGUUCUCCCUGAGGAUUUUGGUGUACUAAAUACUCUUCAGCAUUUCGAGAAGAUUGUAGAGAAAUGAAAGGCAUUGAUUUCGGUGAACAGUUUGAUCUUGUGUUCUGUAGCAAAGGAAUUAGAGUCGAUGUUUUCUCCACUGGGACUAGAUGAAUGAAGUUAAUGGAAGUUACUGACAAUUGAAUGCUUGCACUGAUGCAUUUUUCAACGGUUUCUCAUUUAUUUGUGUUUAGGAUCGAUAGCAAUCUUGCCUAGAGAAAUUCUUGGAACCAAAAUUAAAACUUCAUAAUGGCUGCUAGUUUUGUUGAUGAUAAUCACCUAACUUUUAUAAUAGACAUCCAAUUUUCAUAGGUGAGACAACAAAUAAUAUAAUCCGCCUCCCAUUGUUGCAAGUAGUGAAGCUUUUUAAAAGUGUGAAACUGGCAUCAGCAGAGGGGGAAAAUGUCUAUCUGUGCUGUUUUAGCAGCCUUCUGUGAAAUUAUUACGUCAAUAAGUUUGUUUCUUUGGUAUAUUUUUGGCAGUAGGAGGUUUAUUCUCACCAAACGAGUGUUUUGGAAAUGAUAAAAAUCUUAUGGGUCUAAAGAUUGUUGAUUUGAGUAUGAUGGUUUGUGCCAGUAGAUGUCUUCGGCUGGUUCAAAUUGAGAUCGAGGAAGACAAGUGUAACCUUAAAGUUGCAUUAUCCUUCCUAUUACCAUUGUGACUUAUAAAAGUGAUGUUUCUCUUUAAAUUCUGUUUGAUUCA